CAUACAAGAGCAAGAGCAGCUGAGAUUUUACUACAACUUUUCUUGAAAUUCCUCUUUAUUUUAUUAGGUUUUUCUUAUUUCCUGGCUUCAAAAAAAUGCCUAAGAAAUUCAAAGGAGUGAAUACGAAAGCCGAAGAAGCUCGGAGUAGAAAAUUAGAGGCAAAAGCUGCCGAGAAAGAGAAAAAAGAGCGCGAAGAAGAGGACAAGUUGUGGGAAGACGACAGUAAACAUGUCGCGAAGAAACUGCAGAGAAAGGAUGAAAAAGAACAGAAGAGACUAGCAGCACUUGAAAAAAAAGCACAAGCAAGACAACUGUUGGAAGAAGAAGAGAAAUCAUUGAAAGGAAAGACAAAAGCACCACCUUCUCAAAAAGUAACACGAGCUCAAAUUACAGCUGAAAAAGAAAAAGAAGCACUUGCUGCAAAAGGAAAACAAAAUGGAGAACAGAAAACGACAAUUCAUGAUGAACCGUUAGAGGAAAACCCUAAUCAAAAGAUGGCAGAAUUGCUAGCAGCAGAGGGAGCAGUGGAAGCGAGGAGCGUAGAGGAAGCCAUAGCAACGCUCUCAGUUGAUUCGAAAGUAGAAAAACACCCAGAAAAGAGAAUGAAAGCAUCCUACUUGGAAUUUGAGUCAAGGGAGUUACCACGUCUAAAACAGGAAAAUCCGAAUCUUAGGUUGUCACAGUUAAAACAAAUAUUAAAGAAGGAUUGGAUGAAAUCACCAGAAAACCCAAUGAAUGCAGCACAUAUUGCCUACAAUGCAAAAGUACUAUAAUAUUUCCUUGCUUUGUAAAGUUAAAGUUAUUUUCURAAAUUAUUUCAAAGAUUCACCUUAUUGGACUUCAGUUGAUGAGAUAUGAGGUCUCUUUGUUUCUUGGGUAUUCACAGGUAGCCCAGGCUUACCGUUAGUGUUGUAUGCGUGGAGAGUAAUAGAUCUAAUUUGUCUUGGUGCACAAUGUUUACCCAUUUCAGAUCAAGUGUCAUUGCUCAAAGAAUAAGAAUCUUUGAGUCUUCUCAUGCACAACAUUAUUCUUGGGAAUGACACAUGCUCUUAAAUUGGAAAACAUUGCACCAACAUGACUAAGAUCUAUUUAAUUACCUAGCUGCAAUUGAGAUGAUAUCUAAGUAGCUUAAGAACCUCAUAAAAUGCUUCUAUAAAUGGCAUCAUUAUCUGCAAGAGCAUUCAAAUAAUAAAAAAUAAARAAAUAAAUAAAUUAGUUUGAAUA